AUGCAAAACUUCUCCAUUGAAAGUAUAUCAGAAAAUAAAAUAGUUUAUUUUGACUGUAUUCUUGUGGAUUCAGUUGCUGAGAAACGAAUUUCUAUACAAAAUGAAUCUGACAUCAAUCUCACUUAUAGAAUGUCAUUGUUGUAUGUAAUAAACAGUAUUGACCAAGUGUUUAAACUAUCAAUCACAUCAACUCCUAUAAAACCACUCGAUUGGGCUGAAGUGAUAAUUACAUUUCGACCUAAUGUCGUAGGACAAUCGUACACAGAAUAUUACUUGGUUGAUGAUACAGCUGGCAACACUUAUAGACUGACCGUUACUGGGAAGUGUUUUGGUCCCGAUGUGAUAUUGAAUAAGAAAAUUCUCGAAUUUAGAGUUUGGAAGAACGUCAGCGAGCAAAGAAAGAACGUUGUCAAAAUUGUUAAUAAAUCUAAGGUAGAUGCCAUUUACCAAUGGUUUCUUCCGAAUGGCGGUCAAGGAUACUUUCAAAUUUCCACAGGCAAUUGUGGUGUUAUCCACGCAUUUGAAAGUAUUACAACUUCAAUAGUAUUCUCGGGAAUAUCACUGGGUUUUUAUACUGCGGAAAUUGUGUUUUUAGUCCUGAACCAGGAACCUUUAUACCUUAACGUAAUAGCGUGGGUCGUAUUGCCUGGAAGUCCUAUGUAUAACAUUAAGGACCACACUAUUCAGAAGAAUUGGAAACGCAAAAGUCGAUCAGCUCAUUUGAUGGAGAAUAGUUUGUCCUGUUUAUGUGAUAUACCACAAGCGUCAGUCUUUGAAAGAUAUUUAGAUUUCGGGAAAGGGAGUGUUAAUGAUCUCACGCUGAAUAUAUCACAGACUUUGUGUGUUACUAAUCACGAGAUGGGGGAUGGAUGCAUUCAGUGGCUUCCAGAUCCUGAUAAUGUAUUCAUAAUUGAUCCUAUAUCGUGUGUCAUUCCUUCGAAUGAGUCCAGAUUAUUUACUAUCAGAUACAGGCCAAAGGAGAAUAAUGAAGUAUACGGAUAUUUGCUAUGUGGAGAUUUUCAAUACAAUAAUGUUGAUAGUGAUCAAUUUAAUAUACCAAAAAUUGAACACACUUGGUUUAGGAUUCCCUGCAUAGGCAACACUUGGCCACCUUGUACUGAGUGGAAUGCGGAAUGGGAUUGUCCUACAGAGGUUGUUUUACCACCAACGGUACCGGCUAGGACAACGUUUACAAACUUCAUGUUAUCAAAUAAAUUGGAAAUACCAAUGUAUUUUAAAUUGGAGGCACCAUAUAACACAAAUUUUGUCGCAAUGCCCAUGUGUGGUAUCGUACAGGGACGUGGUUGGCAAAUUAUAACAGUAGCUCUGGAGCCAAAAGCUUUCGGGGAAUAUCUCGAGAACUGGGAUAUCAUUAUUAACAAAGAGCUAAAAGCUCGUAUUAGUUUCGUCGGUAACGCGGAGACCAGCCACGUGGAGCUGAUGUCGCACGGCUAUAACCCAGACGCCCAUGCUAUGUACGAGUUCCCGCCCACCAUCACUGGCGCUACCAAUUAUUGUACCGCUUACAUGCACAACCGCACUAGGAUGGAGAUACAUCUGCGAGUUCUCACCAACGUGCCAUGGCUUGGGGCAGAUGACAACGGGACGUUAGUGAUACCACCGAGAGAGAUUGUUCGCUACCAUUGGUGGUUCUUCCCCAGACAAGCUGACAAAGUGUACGAGACCACAGUCACUUGUUCAUGUGUCUGUUUAAUUAAUGGAAAACCUGUUGGAGAACCUACCGAAAUAUUUAUUAAUAUUACUGGAUUUUCGGAACUGCCGGAUUUACGGGUACUACCGAAAACGCUUAACCUGCACGACGCGGUGGUAGGAGAGAGCAGGACAUUCCCUAUCACGCUGUACAACUUUGGAUCCUGUUUCUUCACCUCAAAGUUGUAUCCCGUUAUUGACGGCAUGGGAGAUGACUUCAGUGGCGACAAAUUUAAUAUUGAUUGCUGUGUUAACAGUUUGAAACCCUCAAGCCAUUGUGAGGUUAACAUGACGGUGACAGCAGGAGGAGCAGGGUCACGACAAAUAGACAUCAAAUAUACUGUGGUGUAUCGCAACGAAUUCAACGAAGUAGAGGAAAAACAGCCUAUUAGAAAGAGUAUUUGCAUCAUCUGGUAUGACGGCAUAUAUCCAACGAUUAAGGUUAAACGCUCUAUAUCAGUUAAAUGUCCUGUUAUUUUAAGCAAUCAUUGCGUCUGGAACAUGAUUAACGUCGAAGGCCUCAAUAAAGCUUUGGAAGACUGUCGACCCCAUAAACCGUUGAACGCCGACCUCUACGCACCAGAUCUGUGCGUCCGAAGCACUGACGUGGAACUCAUACUUGUUCUGGGUUGUGUCUACUCCGUGCCGGUACCAUUCAACUUUCGAAGAGAGAAGAUCUGUGACUGCGAAAUGAUUGAGGUCCAAAUCGGUAUAUCGACUUAUGAAAUGCGCCACGCAUGUGUUCACAGACCUUUGGUGGAAAUGUUUCCGAUGAAUGGAAUAGUAACUCCUGAAACACUAGUGUUGUUACACCUCAAGCUGAUGUACACGUCCGUGGGUCGAAACACUCUUUGCUUUGUGAUGACGAUGCCUAACCAUAGAACGCUAAACAUUUUUAUUCAUAUCAACGCCCACGUGAACUCCAAGGGAGUCCUUUCCCCUGUGCGUAGAGUACUUGGUGAUGACGAAUAUAUGACAGUGAUGGAUUGUGGAAGAGUACCUAUUAACAACCUUGAUCCUGUGAUAAGGAUCGUCUGGCUCUAUAAUCCUACGGAUGUGUUUACAACAUGGCGUCUUCUUCGUGGCAACACAAUAACACCGGACACGGUCAUACGGUGCCUGCAAUACUUUGCAGAAGUACCACCGAACGACAAAUUGGCUGUGCCUUUCGCUUUUUUGCCCACGGAAAUGAUCGAUUACGAGGUAGUGUUCUAUUGUUCUUAUGGAUAUGACGUAAUUAAAUUCCUUGUGAAAGGACAAGGUGGCCUUCCGAAUUGUAUCGAAUCAAGGCUUGAUAUGCCGAUGUACGUCGAAAAGAUCAUCAGGUCUGCGUAUCGACAAAAUGUUGUUUAUUUGUCCAAGGAUCAUAUGACUAUACCAGCCAUGUUGACACAUUCUCUGUCUAGAGACUUGAUAGCUAUUACGAAUGACACUGAGCACGUAAUAAGAUUUAUUUGGCUACCUGAAAGAAUCCCAAACAUAGUGAACAUAGUGAUGACUCCGUGGUGGGGUGUGAUGCAGCCCAACACUACGGAGUGGAUCACCAUGACCGUUUACACUUUACAAGAACCCGCUACGUUUACGACUACUGUGGCGUGUGAGAUUCUCGACUUGACCGAGCGCAAACGUUAUCAAAAGAACGAGUUCUUGCGGAGAACCAAAACUGAAAAAUGCAACCAAGAGUUUGUUAUAACUGAGAACGGCACUUUUCAUCCAAAUAUAAACGACUGUCCACCGUAUGUUUUGGAUUUGAAGAAACCCCUACCUUCGUACCUCGCUAUUUCGGUGUCGAUAUCAUCGAAGGGCCAACGCGAUGGUUAUCCCAGAAUGCUGUUGAGACAAAUGUGGGAAAAGACGCCACCUUACGACCUGUUAACCUCAGACUUGAAUUUAUAUGGGAAUCUGGAAGGCUCAUCCGGCAACACCAUAACUACGCUUGAUAUAACAAGGAUUAUAGACGCAUUGCUAUGGGAAGCCCUACACAGCAAGAUGUUUAGAGCGCAUUUAGAAUACUACGCGAAAGAAGAUAUUCCUACGCACUCUCAGUUGGUCAAGGUGAUCGAAAGUGACACUAAGUCGAAAUUAAGUAGACGGGUGACCUCUGGGAUAUGCGACGCCAUUGUCAAUAAAGCGAUGUACCACGUUUACAAUCUUAACAGUAAACGCGACCCGGUCUUGGAGGCUGAAUAAUUCAUAUAAUAAAU